AUGUCAACGCAUGAUCAACAUCCUCGAAAUGCCAACGGCAGCGGCUUCAGCAACGGCUUCCCAGCCAACCAACAACAGGCAGAAAUUUCGGGGCCUGUGCGAACAAACAAUGCCAAGGCCGUCGACAGAAGCAAAAAAGGACCUAUCGCCGCCCCCGUCAAGAACGCAUGUACCUUUUGCCGAUCGCGAAAGUCCCGAUGUGACGGCAACAAACCUUGUUCCGCCUGCGUCGGUCGCGAUCGUCCCGACGAGUGCCUCUACACCGUAUCGCGUCGUGGUGGCAAGCCCAAACCAAAGAUUGACGUAACUCAAGACCUGCAGAGCCAUCUGAACAAGCUCUUUGCCAUGACAGAUAUGCCCUACGCCUUCCGUCGGCCAGGUGGUCUCGCGGGUCCUUCCGCUGAUCAGCUCUCCCCAUCUUCAUCCGUGCAGCCUCAACUCAUGUCACACCCUCAGCAGCAGGUGCCGCCCCACUCGAGCAUGUUUGACAUCCCUAGCCAGUAUCAGUCGUAUGAUCCUUCGGUGCUCCAGCAGCCAUCGUCUAUGCCAACCAGUCUCCACGUGCAGCAUCAGCAAGCCCUUGCAUCAGUGCCACAGUCAGCAUUCUCGCUCAACGACCCGCUGCAGGAUCCUUUCGCGGCCAUGUCUGGUUUCCAGGCGGGUGGCUUCCUUCGCUACCAGCUCCCCGAUACCACAUUGCAACAGCCACAUAUGCUCUCACAAUCCCAGCAAGCGCAGCCUCACAUGCAAGAGCAGCAGCAGCAGCAUCAACAGCAGCAACAGCAACCAGCUCAGCUCAUCAAAUUUGGCAGUGGCCUCGCGCAGCAAGCAUCUUUCCAACAAACUCCUGUCCACAACGUCGCAUCGCAGUUUGGUAGCGCUUCAUCUCCACUCAACUUGGCUCCGGACUCUACAUGUCACUCUUCUGCAAUCUCGCCACUCUCCAACCAGAGUCCCCGCGGCUGGGAUCGUGUUGACGAUGCAAUGUCAGCUUAUCAUGCCAGCACGUCGAGCCGGUCGAAUUCGUCACGCCACGCUUCGAUCGAAUAUGCCGCCGACCCAUCCAAGAUCAGCCAGCUCUCGUUCCAGACACUGAACGCCGCAGCGGCUGAAGCAGGAAGCGUCAAGGCGCUCCUCACAGAUUACUACCGUUACCUCUACCGCUUCAUCCCUGUUCUGCCGCCUCCCAAGCAUCUCGGCGUGCUCGUCAAGUUCUUCAAGCCGGACUCGGCCUUCAUUUAUGCAUUGCAAUGCGUCUUACCCCUCCUUCGCGACGAAAUCCAACCUAUCGGUGCGAUGCACAAGCUCUCGGGCCAGGGCAUCAACUUUGGCUCAGACGAAAAGAAAGCGGCUCUGCGCGAGCGAACACUAAUUUUUGAACGCAAGGCCAACGACGGACUCGAUUUGCUGCUCGAGCAAGCCGACAACGAAGAGACGGGUGUAAAGUUACUCGAAGCUGUGCAGACCUUGUGCGUGCUCGUCGUCUACGAGUACGGAAGCGGACGAGCGAUCAAGGCUCGUCUCAAAGCCGACCAAGCGCUCGGUCUCGCUAUGGGCCAGGGCCUGCACAAGCUGAGCCACAAGACAUCGCCCAACGAUAGCAACUCGGCCCGUAGCAGCUUUGCUUACGUCUCGAACGUCGACCACCCUCUCACCUCGAUGGGCAUCGACGCUAACGACAUCUUUGAGAUGCGCAAGCGUUGCUGGUGGUGUGUGUGGAGUCUGGUGUUGUGGGCCGCUUACAACACAGGCCGCAUCCCCACGAUCCGUGCUGACGAUCCCCGUGUCAAGAGCGAGAUGCCGACCGCGUCCAGUCCCGAUGUGUGGACGUCCAAUAUCGGCUCGUUGCAGGCGCUGUUGCUGGUGCAGGAUCGUGUCCUGGCACUCGCUCAGCACGGUCAAUCGCUUGACGUCAGCGCACCCUACGAGCCAGCACGCAAUGAGGUGCCCGUGUCGCCGGCCUACUCGGACAGUUCAGCCUUUGCAUUUGGUCGCCUGCGCAUUUCGAGGUCUGCCUCGGUGAGCAGUGACGACGUGACCGUCCACUUUUCGGCGCUUCCAACCAAGGCUACGCGACAAGAGAUCCUCGACAGCAUGCUCGAGAUCGAUACGUUCCUGCAGGAGCAGAUCCGUAUCCACGAGAACACCGAAGCGCCCGAUUCGCCUUUGCCGUCCGAAGUGCCGUCGACAGGCGACCUGGCGCACGUUGAAAAGGAGCUGGAGGAUUCGCUUCGCAUGGCGGCGGCGGUGCAGCUGUACACGUCAUCACUGACGCUGCACAUUGGACAGGCGUUCCAGGGUGCUUCGCUGUUCGAACGCAAGCUGUGUUUCCUCAAUUCGAUCAAAGACAACAAGGAUGGCUCCAACGCGGCCAUCUGUCGUGAGCCCAUGCCCGUUCUUGCACAUGACGGCGCGCUUGACCUAACUGCGCACGCGACUGGUGGGGACACCAGAAAUGGUGGUAUGGAUCUGACAUCAGCAGAUGCGGGCGCUCUGUCGACCUCUUUGACGCAGCAGGACCUGUACGCUCGCGGUCCUUUCCUGCCGCGAUUGUCGCUGCAACGAUGUGUGCACGCAAGUCGCAAGCUGCUCGACAUUGCCAAGCGUCGCCACGGCCAAUCGGUCAAUCCGAACCCGUUUAACUGCUGCAGUUUUGUGCUCAUUAGCUUUGUACUCCUCAUGCAAGCGCUUGCAGUGCACGGCGGCUUUGCCGGCGAGGGUGCAACCUACGAAGGGGAUGACCAAGCGACAGAACAGCAACUGACGUCUGACGGCCACGGCGAGUACGCUAACGACAGCUUGCAGCGCGUGCUCGAUCACACGAGUGAUGACGACACCAUUGAGGACGACUUUGAGCCCCCGAUCGACCCGGUCAAGCAGUCCCAAUUGCGGGACAUUUGGGGCCGGGUACGCGAGGCGCGCGACACGCUCAUCGAUUUGGGUAAGCACUGGGAAGCUGUGGUACCAAUGGCCGAUGAGGUCAACCUCUGUCUCGAGACGUCGCAGUUGCUUCUCAGCAACGCCUAUUGA